AGUGUUCCACCAUUUCUAGCACUGACUAGUCCACGACAGCUUUAGCCUUUCCAAUCCUUAAACCUCAUUGUGUGUGUGUGUGUGUGUGUCUGUAAGGGAGAUGGCUCAGACAACUCCAAACCACACGCAGACUGUUUCCGGCUGGGCAGCUCACGACCCAUCUGGCAAGAUUACUCCUUACACCUUCAAACGCAGAGAAAAUGGGAAGAACGACGUGACCAUCAAAAUUCUCUACUGCGGGAUCUGUCACACUGAUCUCCACCAUGUGAAGAACGAUUGGGGCAUAACUAUGUACCCUGUUGUCCCCGGGCACGAAAUUGUUGGAAUAAUUACCAAGGUAGGCAGCAAGGUAACCAACUUCAAAGUGGGCGACCGGGCCGGCGUAGGAUGCUUGGCGGCUACGUGUUUGGACUGUGAGUACUGCAGAGACAGCCAAGAGAACUACUGCGAUCAGGUUCAAUUCGUGUACAAUGGCGUUUUCUGGGACGGCAGCAUUACCUAUGGAGGCUACUCUGAAUUUCUCGUCGCAGAUCAUAGGUACGUUGUGCGUGUACCGGAGAGCCUGCCGAUGGAUGCAGCAGCACCGCUUCUAUGUGCGGGAAUUACUGUGUUUUCUCCGUUGAAAGAUAACAACUUGUUGGAUUCGUCGCCGGGGAAAAGGAUAGGCGUAGUUGGUCUAGGUGGUUUAGGCCACAUUGCAGUGAAAUUCGGCAAGGCAUUUGGUCACCAUGUUACUGUGAUCAGCACCUCCCCGUCCAAAGAGAAGGAAGCCAAGAACCGAUUGGGUGCGGACGAUUUCAUUUUGAGCACUGAUGCUGAUCAAAUGCAGGCAAAGAAGAGGACAUUGGAUUUUAUCUUAGACACAGUGGCAGCCCACCACUCUCUUGGACCUACUCUAGAACUAUUGAAGGUGAAUGGCACUCUAGUAGUUGUGGGUGCACCAGAUAAGCCCGUGGACCUCCCAUCUUUCCCACUCAUCUUUGGGAAGAGAGUGGUGAAGGGGAGCAUGAUAGGAAGCAUAAAGGAGACGCAGGAGAUGAUGGAUCUGUGUGGGAAGCACAACAUAAGUUGUGACAUUGAGGUUGUAAGCACCAGUGAAAUCAACGAAGCCCUCCAUCGGCUAACCAAGAACGACGUUAAGUACCGCUUCGUCAUCGACAUUGCCGGCAAAUCAUCCAACCUUUAGAAUUCUUGGACAUAAUUUCUGGCAAAGUUGUAACUCAGAUCGAGUAUGGUCAAAUUUGAAUCAAUUUUAUGACAAGUAUAAUACACUUAUCGUGUGAUUGAUGUACAAUUCAAGAAAAAUAAUCAAUCACAUAACAAGUAUAUUAUGCUUACUGUAUAAUUGAUUUGAUUUGACCAAGUCUAAUUUGGAUAAGAAUUUUUUAAGUUUGGCACACAUGAAUUGUUGUAUCAUCUUGUACGUCCAUUUGCAACCAUGCAUGAAUCACAGUUUCAUCAAAUCUCCCAUA